UCCAGGCGAGCAGACAGUUGCAGAGGUGGUUGUUUGCUUUCACGUCGGUCUGGACCCGGGUGUCAGAAUGUCUUUUCCUAAGGCGCCCCUGAAAAGAUUCAAUGACCCGUCGGGUUGUGCUCCAUCUCCAGGUGCUUAUGAUGUUAAAACUUCAGAAGUAUCUAAAGGACCAGUGUCUUUUCAGAAAUCACAAAGAUUUAAAAACCAAAGAGAAUCUCUACAAAAUCCUCACAUUGACAAAGAUUCUACCUUGCUUGCUUCCACUAAAAAAGCAAAGACUUUGGUGUCAAAGAAGGAGCCUCAGAAGAAUGAUAAAGAUUUGAAGAGAUUAGAAAAAGAGAUUCGUGUUCUUUUGCAAGAGCGAGGUGCUCAGGACAAACGCAUCCAAGAUAUGGAAUCUGAGUUGGAGAAGAUAGAAGCAAAGCUAAAUGCAUCAGUCAGAGAGAAAACGUCUCUCUCUGCAAGUAAUGCUUCCCUGGAAAAAAGGCUUAUUGAACUAACCAGAGCCAAUGAGCUACUAAAAUCUAAGUUUUCUGAAGAUGGUCACCAAAAGAAUAUGAGAACUCUAAGCCUAGAACUGAUGAAACUUAGAAAUAAAAGAGAAACAAGGAUGAGGAGUAUGAUGGCUAAACAUGAAGGCAUGGAGCUGAAACUGCAGGCCACUCAGAGAGACCUUGUAGAGUCUCAGGGGAAAAUUGAACAACUGGAAGAAAAACUUGUUUCCAUAGAGAAAGAAAAGAUCGAUGAAAAAUCUGAAACAGAAAAACUCUUAGAAUACAUUGAAGAAAUUAGCUGUGCAGCUGAUCAAGUGGACAAAUACAAAUUUGAUAUUGCCCAGUUAGAAGAAGAUAUGAAAGAGAAGGAUCGUGAGAUUUUAUGUCUUAAGCAAUCUCUUGAGGAAAACAUUACAUUUUCUAAGCAAAUAGAAGACCUGACUGUUAAAUGUCAACUGCUUGAGAGAGAAAGAGAAGACCUUGCCAACAAAGCUAGAGAAAGGGCUGAAAGUCUCAGUGCUGAGAUACAGGUUGUCACACAGAAGCUGGUUCUGGAAAAAGAAGAAUAUGAAAAGCUACAACAAAAAGAAUUGCACAUCCAGUCACUUCUGCAGCAAGAGAAGGAACUGUCCGCCAGUCUUCAGCAGCAGCUCUCCUCUUUUCAAGAGGAAAUGACUUCAGAGAAGAAUGUCUUUAGAGAGGAGUUAAAGCUUGCCCUGGACGAGUUGGAUGAGGUACAGCAGAAGGAGGAGCAGAACGAGAGGCUGGUUAAGCAGCUGGAAGAGGAAAGGAAGUCAACUGCAGAGCAGCUGAACCGGCUCGAGGAACUUCUGAGAGAGAAAGAAGCUGAACUGGAAAAGAGUAAUGCUGCUCACGCACAUGCCACCUUGAUUGUGCAGGAGAGGCACAGUGACACAGUGCAAAAUCUUAGAGACGUCAUCGCUCAAUUGGAAAGCUGUAAAGCAUCAACGCUUAAAGAAAUAGAGGAUCUUAAGCUGGAGAACUUGACUCUACAGGAAAAAGUAGCCAUGGCUGAAAAAAGUAUAGAAGAUGCUCAGCAACAGAUAUUGGCAGCUGAGAGUACAAAUCAAGAGUAUGCAAGUUAUAAAGCAUCAACACUUAAAGAAAUAGAAGAUCUUAAGCUGGAGAACUUGACUCUACAGGAAAAAGUAGCCAUGGCUGAAAAAAGUGUAGAAGAUGCUCAGCAACAGAUAUUGGCAGCUGAGAGUACAAAUCAAGAGUAUGCAAGGAUGCUUCUAGAUUUGCAGAACAGAUCAACACUGAAAGAAACAGAAAUUAAAGAAAUCACAUCUUCAUUUCUUGAGAAAAUUACUGAUUUGCAAAAUCAACUCAGACAACAAGAUGAAGACUUUAGGAAGCAACUCAAAGAGGAAGAAGCAAGAAAAACAGAGAAAGAAAAUGCAGUGACAGAAUUAACCAUGGAAAAUGAUAAAUGGCGUCUCCUUUACGAAGAACUAUAUAACAAAACUAAACCUUUUCAGCAACAACUGGAUGCUUUUGAAGCAGAGAAGCAAGCAUUGUUGAAUGAACAUGGUGCAACUCAGGAACAGCUAAAUAAAAUCAGAGACUCGUAUGCAGAGCUACUGGGUCACCAGAAUCUAAAGCAAAAAAUCAAGCAUGUUGUGAAAUUGAAAGAUGAAAACAGUCAACUGAAAUCGGAAGUGUCAAAACUCCGAUCUCAGCUUUUUAAAAGGAAGCAAAAUGAGCUCAGACUUCAGGGAGAAUUAAAUAAAGCUCUGGGCAUCAAACACUUUGACCCUUCUAAGGCUUUUCAUCAUGAAUCUAAAGAGAACUUUCCCCUUAAGACUCCAUUAAAAGAAGGUAACACAAAUUGCUGCUGAAUUCAGAUGUAACAUCAAGGAUCAUGGAAGUAUACGUCUGAAAUACCAAUUGAAGAUUAUUUUCUUUAUUAUUCUUGAUAUUGUGUUUAUAGUAUAUAUUAUAUAAUGUAUUUAAUUUCAACUGCCUAUUUUUAGGUAUAUGAAAGGAAAUUCAGCAUUUGUUAUCAAAAUGUCUUGAUUGUAGAGUUCUUUCUACUCUGGUAAAGAGUGGAAAGGCUAAAGCACUUUGGCUUGCCCUUGUUUUUGCAAUGAUUUACUGAUCAUGCUCACUCUGGCCUCUGUCAUCCAUCUUCUUUUCACUCCAAACAGAAAUAAGGGCACCCUAAACUCCACAGUAACCUUGGUUAUUUGUUUUCUUCUUUUUUUAAUCAAAGUCACUGGAUUAUUUUAAUUAUUUCUAAAUUCUUUGGCUCUAUUCCAGUUGUAAAUUAAAACAUAUAACGGCCUAUAAACUUAUAUUUUUUUUGGAGAUUACCCUGCUAAUUUUUAGAUACAUUGGAAAUCUAAAAUUUUGGGGGUGGGAGUGUUGUGAGACAGGGUUUCUCUCUUUAGCCCAGGCUGUCCUAGAACUCUAGACUAGGCUGUCCUUGAAUUCAGAGAUCUGCCUGUCCCUGUCUCUUAAUUGAUAGGAUUAAAAGCAAGCACACCACGCCCAGGCUCAAGGAAAUCUGAAAAACUUUACAUAUUAAGAUUUUUAGAGAAUUUGUCAUCUGCAUAGCCUCUGAGUGUAUGUGGAAUAUAAAAUAAAGUCAUAUAGAA